UCUCACGCUCUAGACUUUAACCUCCGAGCACUUUGCGUGCGUGCCUCCUCCGCCAAUAAAAGCAAGGUUAAUCAGUCACUCACGACCAAGAAUAUUUGCCAAGUGUAUCCCUGUAAACACGCUGGUUUGCGCCGGGGAAAAAGUCGAUUGGCCCCCGCCCCGUAAACAUCUGGAGGGGACUCUUAUGGGUCAUAAUUGAGCAAGUCUGCUUGUUACCUAUUUUUAAAUAUCUCCUGAGGCUGCGGCCUGAGGGUUACCUGCCAGGCAGAGUUGACAGGGAAGCCAUGGAAGCAGCUGAGAAAGAGAAAAUCAGCGUUGAAGAUGAAGCUGUGGAUAAAACCAUUUUCAGAGACUGUAGCAAGAUUGCUUUCUACAGGCGGCAAAAGCAGCAUCUCUCCAAGAAUACCACCUACCGGGCUUUAUUAGGCUCAGCCACAACGGAACAGGACAGCACCAGGUUCCAAAUCAUCAGUGAAGCAACUAAGAUUCCUCUCAGAGCUGAAGUUUACGGUAUAGAGAAAAACAUUUUCAGACUUAAGAUCAAUGAAGAAACCCCACUGAAACCAAGGUAUGAAGUUCCCGAUGUCGUCAGCAGCAAGCUGAGGACUGUAAGGCUGGUCUCUUGCUCAGGAGAUACAGGCAGCCUGAUACUGACAGAUGGAAAAGGAGAUCUGAAGUGUUGUAUCUCAGCAAACCCAUUCAAGAUAGACUUGGUGUCUGAGCAUGAGGCUGUGAUCAGCAUCAACGCCCUGGGCCAGUUAUAUUUUGAGCACCUGCAGGUUCCUCACAAGCAGAGAGCUGCCAAAGGAAACGAGGAGAGUGCACCAGCUGAUGCUGCUCAGGAAAAUCAAGAGGAUCUAGGCCUAUGGGAAGAGAAAUUUGGAAAUUUUGUGGAUGUCAAAGCUAAUGGUCCUUCCUCUAUUGGUUUGGAUUUCUCCUUUCAUGGAUUUGAACAUCUCUAUGGUAUCCCUCAACAUGCAGAGUCACACCAGCUUAAAAAUACGAGAGAUGGAGAUGCAUACCGUCUUUACAAUCUGGACGUUUAUGGAUACCAAGUACAUGAUAAAAUGGGCAUAUACGGUUCAGUGCCUUAUCUCCUGGCCCACAAACAGGGCAGGACUGUAGGCGUUUUCUGGCUGAAUGCCUCAGAAACACUAGUGGAGAUCAACACAGAGCCAGCGGUUGAGUACACACUGACCCAGAUGGGCCCAGCGGCUGCCAAGCAAAAGGUCAGGUGUCAAACUAAUGUGCGCUGGAUGUCAGAGAGUGGGAUCAUUGAUGCUUUCCUGCUGACAGGACCUUCCCCUUCUGACGUCUUCAAGCAAUACUCAUAUAUCACGGGCACACAAGCCAUGCCCCCUCUUUUUUCCUUGGGGUACCAUCAGUGUCGCUGGAACUAUGAAGAUGAGCAGGAUGUGAAGGCAGUGGAUGCAGGCUUUGACGAGCAUGACAUUCCAUAUGACGUCAUGUGGCUGGACAUAGAGCACACCGAGGACAAGAAGUACUUCACCUGGGACAAAAAGAGAUUCCCAGACCCCAGAAGAAUGCAAGAGCUGCUCAGGAGCAAAAAACGGAAGCUUGUGGUUAUCAGUGACCCCCACAUCAAGGUGGACCCUGACUACACAGUCUACGCUAAAGCCAAACAACAGGGCUUCUUUGUGAAGAAUCCUGAAGGUGGCAACUUCGAAGGAGUAUGCUGGCCUGGUCUCUCAUCUUACCUGGAUUUCACCAAUCCCAAGGUCAGAGAGUGGUAUUCCAGCCUUUUUGCUUUCACUGUUUAUCAGGGAUCUUCGGAUAUCCUCUUCAUAUGGAAUGACAUGAAUGAGCCCUCAGUCUUCAGAGGGCCAGAGCUAACCAUGCAAAAGAAUGCUGUUCAUUAUGGCAACUGGGAACACAGGGAACUUCACAACAUCUACGGGUUUUAUCAGCAAAUGGCUACCGCAGAAGGAUUGAUACAGCGAUCUAAAGGGAAGGAGAGGCCCUUUGUUCUUUCACGUUCGUUCUUUGCUGGAUCACAAAAAUAUGGUGCAGUUUGGACGGGAGACAACACAGCAGAGUGGAGCUAUCUGAAAAUUUCCAUCCCAAUGUUACUCACCCUCAGUGUCUCAGGCAUCUCUUUCUGUGGAGCUGAUGUGGGUGGCUUCAUCGGCAAUCCCGAGGCAGAGCUGCUAGUGCGUUGGUACCAGGCUGGAGCUUACCAGCCCUUCUUCCGGGGCCAUGCUACGAUGAACACCAAGCGGCGAGAACCCUGGCUGUUUGGGGAAGAAAACACCAGGCUGAUCCGGGAAGCCAUCAGAGAGCGCUACACCCUCCUACCCUAUCUCUAUUCUCUGUUCUACCAUGUGCACAUGUCUUCUGAUCCUGUCAUGAGGCCUCUGUGGGUCGAAUUUCCUGAUGACUUAGAAACUUUUGGUGUGGACGAUGCAUACAUGCUGGGAAGUGCUUUAUUGGUUCAUCCAGUCACAGAACCACAGACCGCCAUGGUUGAUGUACUUCUGCCAGGGUCAAAUGAGGUCUGGUAUGACUGUAAGACAUUUGCACAUUGGAAAGGAGGGUGUACUAUGAAGAUCCCCGUAACCUUGGAUACUAUACCCGUGUUUCAGCGAGGCGGAAGUGUGGUGCCGGUAAGGACCACUGUGGGGAAGUCCACCGGCUGGAUGACUGGCGCCCCAUAUGGACUUCGAGUUGCCCUAAGUGCUCAGGAUUCUGCUGUGGGAGAGCUGUAUCUCGAUGAUGGCCAUUCCUUCCAGUACCUCCACCAGAACCAGUUCUUACACCGCAAGUUUUCAUUCUGUUCCAGCGUCCUGACCAACAGGUGUGCUGAUGAGAAGGGUCAUUAUCCCAGCAAGGGCAUCAUAGAGCAGAUCCUGAUCUUAGGCCUUAAGAAGAAGCCAUCUUCCGUGACUACCCACUCAUCCGUUUCUUUCCAGCCAGAUUGCACUCAAAACAAUGAGACCUUUCACGUCUUGAAACAUUCACAGGAGUUCAUGGUAAAAGUGCCCCCGGGUUCUCCUAAGUGAGAUGGUCAAGUUCAGCCUGUGGCUUUUACAUAUUGCACCAAAACAUCCACCCUGAGUCUGAAGAAGCUUUCUCUGACCAUUGGUGAUGACUGGGAGGUCCAUGUCAGAUGAUGAGCAGAGGCCCUGCUGAGGGGUGCGGGAGCCCCCUGACCUCUCCACCUUCCUGGCCUUCGUCAAGAUCUGUGCUGCCAUCUAACUUGCUUCCCUGGGGAAAAUGAUGAUUCACUUAUCUCUAGCGCACUGAUGACUGGUAGAUUUCAGGUUUUAAGAUUUUAGCCACGUGCAGUUGUCCACUCCUGUAAUCCCAGCACUCAGAAAGCUGAGGCAGAAGGAUCGUGAGUUCAAGACCAACUUAAGCUAUAUUGUAAGACUUAAGCUAUAAUGUAAGACUUAAGCUAUAUUGUAAGACCUUGUCUCCAAAAAAAAAAAAAAAAUCAAAAAUAAGAUUUCAGAUUUCACACUUCAAGAUGUGUGGUUUACACUGCUCAAGCACUGCCCUUCCCUGCAGACCCAUAAAGCCCUGAGACACUGAAAGAGCUCAGUGAGUGGCUUGCCCUGGAGCAGGGCUACUCAGGAGCCCAUCUGUGGGGCUUGCCUCAGGCUGUGCGGCACAGCCACCUUGGCUGUUAGAGCAGCAGAGUUGCCCAAGCCAGUCUCCAAACAGAUGGCAGUGCCUUCCGUCAGCAGCAGCACAGGCACACUGCAUGGGCAGAGCUACGGAACGCUCCUCUCCCUAGAGAGACACAGGGGCCCAAGGUUCAGAUUUCCUUUCAUGUUUCUUGGAUUCAAAAGUACCAAGGCAGUCUCCAAAGAUUUACUCCUUUUAAUUAUAUUUUAUUAAAUACUAUCUGCUAACCAAAGAAUAUUUAUAACCAUGAAUAUAGUAAGCUAUAAUUAGUAAUAAUGAAAUAAAUACCCACAUCCCACAAGUGAACUUCAAAAAUAGAGCACAUGGCUGGGACUCUAAUAACACAAGAGAGACUUGUGUUAGACACAGCCAAUACCAAAAUGAAUAAUAUUUUAACACACUAUCUUUAAAAAGCUAAACGAACACGCACACCAGGCUGGUUCUAAACAAAGGCACCGCAGUAUUACUGAGUCUUCCUUUUGCAUUGGGUUCCAACCUGGCUUGGCACAGGCUAGAAUAUUGUAACAUACCCGUGCACCAUGAUGUUUCCGGCUCUGGAGACCCCUGCUGUCUGUGUAGCGGCUAUUGAGGUGGCCUCAAUUCUCAGCCCAUGAGCCUCUUGCUGUACUUACUACCUAUUUCCAACUGUCACCAUCUGCCUUUCCUUUUCUUAGCCACAGUACCCUCCCUUGCCUCUGCCUGUAGAGAUCUUACCAUCCUUCCAGACCCAACCCAAAUCCUACUUUUCCAUGAAAACUCUUAACCUGGCACCCCAACCCUGCAGUACCCACUGGCAUUAUUUAGCCUUUCCCUGAAAUGCUGCCCUACAAAUAAUUGUGCUCUACUUUGCAUUCUCAGGGAUGUGCCUUAAUAUUACAAGCAGGACUGUGUAUCUCUCUACUAUAGUGUAUGUUCGCUAAGAUCGUGUUCUAUUUCUCUCAUGCCUGUUACACCACUCCGGUAGCCUGAAUGAAACAUGUCCAGCCCCUUGCAGGCUCAUGAACACGUGGUCCUUAUGUGGUGGUACUGUUUGGGAAGUUAUGAAACUUUUAGGAGGUACGUUUUUACUAAAGGAAAUGUGUCGUUGAGGGCAGGGUUUCCUCCAUUUGUUUGUUUGCCCUGCUUCCUGUGUGCUGCUGAGAUGUGAUCUCUUCCUGAGCAGCCUGCUCCCUUGCUGUCAUGCCUCCCUUGCUGUUAUGGACUCUACCCAGGAAUGUAAGCCAAAAUAAACUCUUCUAUAAGUUG